AUGGGUCUCAAGGAACGGUAUCGAUUCCCGCUUUAUAUUCGGUUCCUCAUCAUUACCAGCUUUUUCCUUGCUCACAUUUCUCCAGCCAAGUCACUUUUCAACGCCGAUUUGAAAUGGCCUGUUAUACGCCCAUCACACAAUGAGCUUCAGCCGAGUCUCACCGAUCUUCUCACGUACAGAGAGCCGGAUCAAGAUGCGGUCCUCGAGAAAGCUAUGCACGUUAUCGAAACCCUGGCAACCCAGUCAACGUGUCAUCAGGGUGCCGCCGCUCAGUUGUUGAUCACUUGCAACACAGUCGGAAAAGAAGAGCAAGGCAAGCAUGAGCUUUUGGAACGAGCCAAGUCGGUCUACGCAGUGAGGGUGGCGGUCUGCGAAACUAGAGAAGGCCGAGCAGCUGUCCCCACCGCAUGCAAACCUGUUCUGGACAUGCCAGAACGAUCCGGCAGAGAGAUCGACGUGGUCAACGGCAAGUUGCUGUCCUCUUGCUUGGAGGCUCUGAUCGGCGAACACUAUUACUGGACGAGCUACAGCAACAGCAGACAAGAUGCCAACACUCUAUGUCAGGCCAGAUCUCUCGAAGCUACAAGAUUGGAAGCGCUUCAGUCAUGUCAGAAACUUGCCGAGCUUAUCCCCGAUUUCCGUGAAGCUUUAAUGUCGACCCAGUCUAGGUGGCGAGAUUUCAUGAAACAGCAGGAAGAAAACGCUCUCAAGGUCAACAAGCUACAGCAGACAAACACAGCUGAGCUCAAGGAAUUUCACAAGAUGGAGCUUGGGGCGUUGCGCCGGGUAAUGAGCGUUGCUAAGGAAGGCUUCGAAGACAUCUCUCGAGGGUUUCAACAGUCUAUUGUCAAAACAGGCUCGGACGUUGAGGAAACGCGCGAGGCACUUGGACAUGUGAUGACCGACUUUAUGGCCCUCAGAAACCUCCUGGCCGAUGCUAUCCAGGCUACCACGAAGAACAAUGCUGAGGUUGCUGCGGCGCAAGCGAGUGACUUGCAUACUGUCCAUGAACUGGCUUUGGCCACGACCGAGACAUUGAAAGAGCUACAAGCGAACGAGGCAGUUCAGCACGUCAACGCAUUAUUCCAGAGUGUCACGCUCCAGCUGGACAAAGUUGUUGCCGCCCAAGCCUUGCAGUUGAAGGGAGCAGAAACCCACCUGAAACUGAGCAACAAACUCUCCGAGGCCCAGAAAGCCACUUUGUCCCUGGAAGAGCAGAUGAGAGAUUCGUCCGCAAUAUUAGCAUCGGAAUUGGACAGCGCCACUCUUGUUGCUGGUCGAGUCUCGUCCAAACUUGACAAAGUCAAUCAAGCCUUGAAUCAAGUUGAAAAGGCGUCUUCAGUGCUGAGCACCCUUUCCACCUUUCUAUCCAUACCGUCUCAUUUCGCAGAACAUCUCCACCUGAGACUUUUCCUACUCCUGGCGACACCUUCCACGCUCCUUUACUUUUGGAAGCCUCGCAAAUAUUCUUACAGCCUGAUGGCCGUAUAUGUCUUCCUCGAAGCAAUUAUAUCACUGGUCGCAGAAUAUCACGACAAGAUUACAAGUACAGUCGGUGAAGCAGGCAGUCUCUUUACGGCUUUAUGCGCAACAGGACUCAACUUCGUUGGCCGCCAUAUGUUCGCUAUGGUGUUUAUUGUCGCUGCUCUAGGCUGCUUCCUCGCGUUCACAUCCAGUACAGAUCCCACGCCCAAGCCUUCUCUAAAACGCGAGUCGAUUUUGCUGGACAAAGACCUCAUGCCGACAGAGAAAUACUACAUGCAAUAUCGCUUGCGCAACGGCAGACUUCCACGAUCCGAACUGGACCGUUUUCGACGGGCGGCCACUGUCUGCUAG